CCGCCUAAACCGCUUUGGGCGGUUCUCACGACUUCACUUGCGGAUUCCAACGGGGCACAAGAAACGACUCCAUCUUUCUCCUCCUCCAGCCGUCGCCAAUUGACUCCUUCGGUUCUUGUUGAAUCCGGCCUCGAUUUGCCCUUGAUUUGUCUCUUCGACUCAAUCGCACAACAUGGGUGUUCCUUUCGAAGCUUUGAUUCCCUAUGGAAUCAUCGUCGGGAUGUUCGGUGUUACCGGCGUUGGUCUCACUGCGGUCAAGUACCUGUCGAACGACGGUAAGAAGGCUCGGUGGAACAGAGAUUUGUGGGAUAGAAACAUGAUGGAGAGAGACCAGAGGAUCACAGGGGCAUUUAGGGCUCAGUCAGGAAACGCAGAGGCCCCCAAGGGAUUCGAAGUCAGCAACCCAUGGAAGCUUGAAAAACGGAUCUUUUAAAUUAAAUCGACGUGUUACUAUGUUUUCUCCCGCUGUUCACUUGCAUUUCUAAGAUAAAUAUCCACGCCAUUGGCUCUUUCU